CUCAAAUCCCCAACUCGUUUGAUUUUGCUGUUGAGGAAGAAAGCUGAGAGGAUUUGUUCGCGAUGGAAGCUGCCAAGGAGAAGAUCUCGAACGUCGCUGCGUCGGCCACAGCAGGCAUGGAUAAGUCCAAGGCUGUUGCUGCAGAAAAGGCAGAGAAACUGAAGACAAGGGAUCCACUACAGAAGGAAGCAGCAGAGGAAAGGAAGCAUGAGAAGAUCAGUCAAGCAGAGCUGGAUAAGCAGCAAGCAUACAAGGAGAAUGCUAUUAAAAAGGGUGAAGCACACCACACAGGCGUCGGACACGCAACCGGCUUGGGUGGACACCACGCCGGAGUCGGCGACGAAACUGGCUUGGGAGGACACCACACGGGAGUUGGCCACGAAACAGGCUUGGGUGGACACCACAUCGGGGUCGGUCAUCCAGAGGGCUUAGUCGGGCAUCAGACCGGUGUUGAGCAUCAAACCGGUUUGGGUGAUCCAACUGGGCACACUACUGGUGGAGGAGUGUUGUGAUCAGGUGGAUGGUUUUAUGAACAUGAGUCGUGCAAUAAAUAUGGAGUAUAAUAAGCCUUGCUGGUUA